AGCAAUCUUCGAGACCUUUUUCGUGGUCAAAAACACCCUACGGCACAUAAUGGACACCCUGCCCGAGUCCUUUGCCCUGGCGCCUAACGGCAAGCCUGAGAACGAGAACGACGCCGAUGCCACGCCCAGCGAGUGUGACGUCCAGCAUGCUCUUGAAGUGGUCUUCGAUGACCAGGGUGCCCACCGGCGCAAGUCCUCCCUCGUCCCCAGCAUGAACCAGCGACCAAAGCACAUGCGGAAACACACCAACUGCUUUGUCCAUACGCUUCUACAAGAGCACAGGAAUAUCGACUUAACAAGCGCCAACCAUACUCCUAGCGACGAGGGUAUCAGGUCGGAACGGGUUCCUGACAAAAAUCCGGACGGCAACGAUACGGAGGCAGUCCAAUCGCGCUUGCUUACCAAGAAGCAAAUAUCAGAUAUGGCAUUCGGGAUCCGAGAGCUGGCCAAGAAGCUAGCGCACAUAAGGCUGAAAAUGAACGUCCGGAACGUCUUUAUUUUGACGAAAGCGCACGAUGAGCGCCUUAUUGUGAACACGAGGGAGGUAGCGCAAUGGCUGCUUAAACAGGACGCCCAAUACACUGUAUAUGUGGAAGAUACGUUGCGAGACAACAAAAUCUUCGAUGCGGCCGGACUUUGCAAAGAGGAGUCAUCCAAGGGCAAGUUGAGAUUUUGGACCGUGGAACUAUGUCAAACUCGUCCCCAAACUUUUGACAUUGUACUAGCUCUUGGUGGCGAUGGCACUGUACUGUAUGCCAGUUGGUUAUUCCAAAGAAUAGUCCCCCCUGUUCUGGCCUUUUCAUUGGGUUCUCUGGGAUUUCUUACCAAGUUUGACUAUGAGCAUUAUCCGAGCACUCUGAACAGAUCAUUCAAUGAUGGGAUUACCGUCAGUCUACGACUCCGCUUCGAAGGUACCGUCAUGCGGUCCCAGAAGCGCAGGAACAACGACAAUGGACUCAACGACCUCGUAGAAGAGCUUAUUGGGGAAGAGAGCGAGGACAAUCAUACGCAUUAUCCAGAUGGCACUCAUAACAUUCUGAACGACAUUGUCCUGGAUCGUGGCCCAAAUCCGACAAUGUCCUCGAUUGAAGUCUUCGGCGACGACGAGCAUUUCACCAGCGUGCAAGCCGACGGCAUCUGCGUCGCGACUCCUACCGGCUCUACCGCAUACAACCUCGCAGCCGGUGGCUCGCUUUGCCAUCCGGACAACCCAGUCAUGUUACUAACGGCUAUAUGUGCGCACACGCUGUCUUUUCGACCUAUCAUCCUCCCCGACACCAUCGUACUGCGAGCGGGCGUGCCCUACGACGCACGAACCAGCUCCUGGGCAAGCUUCGACGGAAGAGAACGUGUGGAGCUUCAUCCGGGUGACUACGUUACAGUCUCGGCAUCUCGUUUCCCAUUUCCAAGCGUCCUUCCGUUCGAAAGAAGGGGCAAGGACUGGAUCGACAGCAUUUCCAGAACACUCAACUGGAACUCGAGGCAGCGCCAGAAGAGCUUUAAGGAGUGGGAGAAAUAGGCACGAGAAGGGCUUCAAGGAGCGGGAGAAAUAGACACUACCUCAGCAGAGACCUUUCCGAAACGGGAAUUCUCCAUGGAAGGCUCUACAUACUUUGGGCAGAGGUCGGCUUUUUUUUUGUUUAGUCUGCAAGCCCAAUUCCAUCCACGUACUUAGAUACCUUGUUGUUCGAUGAGCAUCCUUGUUAGAAAACAGGCGUAUCCUCACACAGCGUAUCGUCAAAGGCAACUUGCAUUAUAUGGGUGUCUUGUGUGUCAACCGGAAUAUAGAUAAACUUAUGUACACACAU